AGAAUCAGCCGCGGACCGAGCCAUGAGCGCGGAGGCGGCGGCUCAGGAGGGGGCGCCGACGGCGUCCUCCCCACCGCCCGACUGCGCUCGGAAGGCGUGCUACCUGGAGCGGGCAGUGGAGGGCGACCCUGAGUACCUCCGGCUCCGGGAGGCGGGGCCCGCGCUGAGGCAAGACGUGAACUUGAUGGAGCAGAAGAAGCGGGUGACCGUGAUACUUCGGAGCCCGGGCUUCCGGGAGGAGCUGGAGAGCCUGAUCCAGGAGCAGCUGCGGAAGGGGGAGGACUCUGGCAACCUGCGGGCGCUGCGCCACAUCGUGGACUUCAUCAGCAGCGGCGGCGGCAGCCCCCUGGCGCUGCCCACCUCACCGCCCGGGCCAGCGACAGUGGUGCCAAUCAAUGACCUCCACGCGGCCGAGUGCCCGGGCCUCGCCAGGGGGGAGUCGCUCAUGAGGUGCAAGGUUGCCAGCGUCUACCGCCUGCUGGACAUCUUCGGCUGGGCCCCGUUGGCCAAGACCUACGUUACGCUCCGCGUCAGCAAAGAGCAGGGCCACUUCCUCAUCAUUCCCAAAGGGAUUUCGUACGGAGAGGCCUCCGCAUCGGUGCUGGUGAAGGUGAACAUCGUGGGAGGCGUGGUGAGCCCGGGCAGCAGCGGCCUCUCGGUCGACAGCACGGGUUUCGGGUUGCACGCGGCCGUCUACGCCGCAAGGCCUGAUGUCUGCUGUGCCAUCCACUUACACACUCCAGCCACAGCGGCGGUCUCCGCCAUGAAGUGCGGCCUCCUGCCCAUCUCCCAUGAGGCCUUGCUGGUCGGAGACGUCGCUCACUACGAGUACAGCGGAGCCCUGGACGAAGAGGCGGACAAGAUCCAGCUGCAGAAAUGCCUAGGCCCCACCGCGAAGGUUCUGCUUUUGAGGAAUCAUGGGGUGAUAGCCCUGGGGGAGACGGUAGAGGAAGCCUUCUACAAGAUUUACCACCUCCAGUCGGCCUGCGAGAUCCAGGUUACGUGCCUGUCGAGCGCCGGGGGAGUGGAGAACGUGACCCUCCUGGACCGGGAGCGAUACCGGCCCCUGGAGGCGGGCGUGCUGGCGUGGGCGGGCACCACCUUUGGCCCCCCGCAGAGGAGCCGGCUCGGGCACAACGAGUUCGAGGCCCUGAUGCGGACGUUGGACAACCUGGGCUACCGGACGGGCUAUGCCUACCGGCACCCGGUGCUCCGGGAGCGGGCCCGGCACAAGAGCGAGGUGCAGAUCCCGGCCACCGUGACGGCGUUCGUCUUCGACGAGGAGGCCUACUGCCCGGCGUCGGCGCCGCCCCACGCCCAGAGGAGGCAGCACCGCGAGAAGACGCGCUGGCUCAACACGCCCAACCUCUACCUGAGGUCUGCCAGCGACGAGCUGCAGGGAGAGCCCAGACGGGAGCGGGCCCGCACCACGUGGCUGAAGGCUGACGCAGUCUCGAAAUCCGGUGGCGGGACGCCCAUCAAGAUCGAGACCCCCAACCAGUUUGUGCCACUGUUUACCGACCCCCGAGAAGUGCUGGCGACCAGGAACAAGACGGCAAACGGAUCCCCAGAGUCCCGGAGCGCCGAGGAACAGCCGGGAGAGGGAGAGGACGAAGCAGAGACCCCCAAUCCCUUCAACGAGCUGACGGAUUGGGAACUGGAGGAGUACCAGAGGGAGGUGAAACGGAAACAGCUAGGCCUGGAUGGUCAUGGCCCGGAUGAUGAGAACACGUCGGCGGAGAUCUCCCCGCUCCGGAGUCCCCUCCCGUCGCCCGUCGGAUCGCCAGCCUCUCCUGGCAUGCCUGGAGCAGCCCUAGCGCCAAGAGGAGGUCACGUUGUCGAGUACUUG